GGAAAAUCCUGAUUCUCUCAGCCAACUAGUAGAAACGGAGCAUCAACUAACCCCAGAUUACCCCCCUGCAAAACCAUCCACUUCUCCCAAACAUGAUGUUAUAUCAGAAUCAGCACAUGGCGGGAGAAGAAGAAAAAUGGGAUCUCACCGGAGGUCACGUGGACAUCAAAACUAUGAAUACCAAACUGCAAGAGAGGACAGUGUUAUAGAUGCACAAAAAGGGAGCAAUGUCAAACCUCUGACUGACGGAAGUGCCAUCAAGACAACUGAAGAGCACAGAGAACAACAUUUGGGCCUGGACAAAAUAUCAGAGCUUGAUGAAAGUGACAAGAAACCAUCGUCCAACAUCAGCAUCUCAAAGGCAACAGACCACUCAAGGCCUGUGAGUGAGAAGGCACCGAAAGUGACUCCAGUUCAAUAUCCCCAUGCUGAAAUCCGCCUGGGUCAAGGGAGUCAAAACAAGUUUUCUUUGGCAGGUGAUUCCAGAGGAGCAGACGUCAGAUCGAAAAGUUAUAAUGUGUUAAUGGUUGGAGACAGCAGUGUAGGCAAGACCUCCUUUAUGAAAAGAGCUCAAAGUGGGAAGUUUUCUUUAGAUUUACCCGCCUCUGUUGGCCUUGAUUCCUGCAUGUGGACUGUGAUAGUGGAUGGAAAGCCUGUGGUGCUCCAGUUAUGGGAUACAGCAGGUCAAGAAAGGUUUCACAGCAUCACAACUCAGGUUUUUCAUAAAGCCCAGGCAUUUCUCUUGAUGUAUGACAUCACUUCUUCUCAGAGCUUCUCUGCAGUCAGCUACUGGGCAAACUGCAUUCAGGAAGGGGCUGCAGAAAACGUGACCAUUUUACUUCUUGGGAAUAAGAGUGACUGUGCAGAACGGCAGGUUAAAACGCAAGAAGGAGAAAUUUUGGCUAAGGAGUACAACUUUGAAUUCACAGAGUGUAGCGCUGCCACAGGUGAAAAUGUGAUUCAGUCUUUGGAAACUGUUGCCAGGAUGGUGAGUCAAAAAGCUGACACAAGAGAGGAAGCCAUGGUGUUACACAAAGAGCCCCCACAGAAAAAAAGAUCAGGAUGUUGCUGAACAGAUGUGUUUGUCUAAGAAACCCGAAAAGUGUCGAAAUCCUGCACACGGUGGACAUUCUGCAAUGGCUCUUCAGAAGUUUCUCUUUACAUCGCAACUUUAUCUGAUGCUCAAACCAUUCUUUUCAUCCAAUGUGUUGUAUUAAGCGACACAAAUGUAUAUAAGUUACAUUUCCUUUUUACAUUUACCUUAAACUAUUUUGAUAUUUCUACCAAGCCUUAACAAGUAAAUUAUUGAUUAAGAGGACAAAAUAAGAGUAAGAAAUUCCUGCACAUUCAUAACAUAAUAUACAGUUGAAGCCCCAGAGGGGACUCUAGGCUUUCUCUAGUGCCAACUCAAUAAACAGUUGUAAAGUAAUUGUGGAAACAAUUAUUACAUGAUGAAUAAUUGAUUUUUUUAAUCUUGCAAGAUGCUACUUUAUAUUGUUUUGCUCUGCAUGUUUUAUCAUUUUAAAUUAAUUUUCCUUCUAUGAAAUACUUGCAGUACUCUACUAGUGCAAUUUCAAAUGAUCAAAUUAAGUCAACAUUAAUAGUAGAAUUUUGAAGAUGUAUUAAUUAAUCUCAAAGAGAAACUAAAAUUUAGUACCUCAGCACUUUCUCGGGUCCUUGGUUUAAAAAAAAAGUUUUUCAUCUAUAUUGUAUAGCUAUUGAGAGUUUGUUCUACAAUGUAUAUACUUUAUGGAUAUUAAGUGUUUUUACUUUCAUGCCUCAAUAAUUAAAGAUAGUGGUAGUAAAAUGAUUAAAAGGCUUACACUAUGUUUAUAAAUAUAUUUUUAUUUCCCUGUAACUUGUUUCACUGAAUACGUUUAAUCGGAAUAUUUUAAUGUCAUGUCUCAUGCUCGAUAAACCUCCAGAGCAACGACUUGUGUGCUCACGUAGUUAAUUUGCGUCCUCAUGGAAGUUGUGUGUUCCCAGACUGACAAAGACAACAGUGUUCCCACUGGAACAACAAGUCCUUCAAUGGUAUGAGGAGCAUGACAACAAUGGCGCCACUCGAAUAACCACAUAACAUCCCCAAAGGAGCAUUUGUGGGAAACAGAAACGCAGCGACAGCAUCUUCCAACCUCAUCAGAGGACCAAGAUGAUUACACAAAAUCUGAUAUUAGUGAUUGGCACAGACUUCAUUGGUUACAUUUACAACCGAGGAGAAUUAUUUCUCUUUCCCUCAGUUACUCAGAUAAUUCUGUUUUAGGCUGGAACAUGUAAACAUUGUAAUUUUGUUAAAACAUUAAACAUCAGAAAACCUGGUAAUGUUGUAUUUCACGGAUCUCUAAUUUCAGAAUACUUACCAAAAAAUUUCCGACUACUUUUUUGGAGAGAACAAU